CUCCUCCUCCCACCACCACUGCGACAUCUGGCUGAUGAGGCAGAGAGGUGGAAACACACACUGAAGCAGCGCUGCUGUUUCCUGCUGUCAGCCAGGAAAGAGAUAAACGGACUGAACCGCUCUGCUACCAGACAGGAAUUAAGCGAGUCUGUACAUCAGCAGAACAAUCAGGUCAUCUCGGAAACAAUCUGCCACUUUACAGUCAUCAUGCUCUGCUGAGCUCUGUGUUUUCUUCGUGAUACAGUUUUUGGGCGCCGACCUGAAAGCAGUUUUUUUUGAGGGUUUUUUUUUUUGACAUUCUCUCUCACACAGCCACACGUUAUCGCUCUCACAGCAGCUGCAGGUGUGGACACGAAUGGAGCAAAUAAAUGUGACAGACAGCAACUUGACUGAUUGUCCAUCCAUCGAUGACUUUCGUAACCAGGUUUACUCCACAUCCUACUCCAUCAUCACUGUGUUUGGCCUGGCAGGGAACGGCUUCGCCUUGGCGUUGUUAAUCAGAACCUGCUGCCAGAGCUCACCCUUCCAUGUAUACAUGGUGAACCUGGCCGUGUCCGAUCUGCUGUGUGUCAUGACGUUGCCACUGAGGGUCCUUUACUAUGUCAAGAAGGGCCAGUGGAACUACGGGGACUUCCUCUGUCGCAUCAGCUCCUAUUCCCUCUAUGUAAACCUCUACUGCAGUAUUUACUUCAUGGCUGCCAUGUCCAUCACACGUUUCUUAGCCAUAGUCUUCCCUGUGCAGAACAUGUGGCUGGUGACAGAGAACCGUGCUCGCCUGGUGUGCGCGGGCAUCUGGGUGUUUAUCUGUCUUUCAUCCUCACCCUUCCUGAUGUCUGGCCAGCUUGUUGACCCCAUCACAAAUAAAACCAAGUGCUUUGAGCCUCCAAAUGAUCAAGGUGCACAUAGACUAUUAGUGUUAAACAAUGUGUCUCUGGUACUGGGCUUUGUCCUUCCCUUCCUGGUCAUCCUGCUCUGCUAUGCCGGAAUCGUCCGUGCCCUGCUGUCUCGCAACCACGCCUCCCGACGCCAGCGGGGCACAGACACCAGAGCCAUCCGAAUGAUUGUCAUCGUCCUGCUGACGUUCCUAAUCAGCUUCAUGCCAUAUCACGUGCAGCGCACCAUCCAUCUGAGCGUCCUGUCCCGAGCUGACACCACCUGCUCAGAGCGGGUUGCCAUGCAGAAGUCUGUGGUGGUGACUCUGUGCCUGGCUGCUGCCAAUUCAUGCUUUGAUCCACUCCUUUAUUUUUUCUCUGGAGAGGGUUUCCGCAAUCGCUUGUCCUCCCUGCGCCAAUCAGUGAGGGGCAGCAGCCUAAACCAUACAGCCAAGCAAAGGCCUACAAAUGGCUCAGAGACUGGGGAAAACUAUCAGCUGAAGGCCUGUUAACUUGUACCAUGUGGAUGGGGUCAUCAAACAAGCAGCCUUUGAGAUUUUUUUAAAGAGCUCAGGAAGACGUGCUGUCAUUAGCAAAUAAGGAAGGAGUUGCGAGAAAGAAGAAGUUUUAACAAAUGAGGUUCGGUUUACUCAGAAACCGGAGUAAUUAAAGAUAUAAGUUACAAGUUUCAGGAUGAUGUUUUCCAUUAAAAUUGAUGUUUAUUAUUCUAAAAAGAGCAUUUUAUUCAUUGUUUAAGUGAUGUUGUUCUGCUUUAUUAUAACAGUAUUACAUUUCAAAAGUUAUUCAAACUUUUAGUUAAAGCAUGGAUGCAAAAAUGUAAAGUAUUGAUGAAUGUAGAUAUGUCAUAUCACACAACCUGCACACAUGUUUAGCAGGAAGGGCUAAACACUUGUGAAUGAAGAGCUUUACCUUUUUUGUUUUUUUAACCUCCAAUUAUCAUUCUUCUCUCACUGUUAGUUUUGUCAGUUUUGUGUCAAUGUUAGUGCUCUAAUGUUUCUCAUCAGUGUCUCAUUAUAGUCUAAUAACUAUGUUUCCAUUCCAUUUCCAUUUUUAACUUUCAAUUUUUUCUGAUUUACUUAAUUUAAUUACCUCUACACAAAUUGGAUUUAUGUGAAUUUUUGAUUUUAUUCCAUUGUUUAUUAUUAUUAUUAUUAUUAUUAUUAUUAUUAUUAUUAUUAUUAUUAUUAUUAUUAUUAUUAUUUCUGUGCAUCUCUUUGUUUAAAAAAUAAUUUCAACUUAAAAUGAUUUAAAAAUUUAAAUGGAUUUUCAUCCAUGUAACCUGUCUUGAGUUGGACAGGUGUUUUAAAAUUUAGGAGUGUGAGUCUUAGAAAUUGUCGUUCCAUUUUUCAAAAUAAGCUAAUUUGCUUAUUAUGCUUGUACUUUGAUGAGAAGUUUGAAACCAUAUCUGUAAGUAAACUACUGCCUGCUGGUGUUUAGCUUUGCUUGGCACACUUUAAAAAGGGGAAACCGUGAACCUGGCUUUGCAAAGCACCUCUUCAGCUUAAUAAUUAAUGUGAUGUGUAUUGUUUGUUCAAUUCAUACAAUUUGUAGUUUGUUUCCAGUCUUUAUGCUAGACUCAAAGCUAGAAAUAUAUUUUUUUUGUAUUUGAUUGUCUCAUCUAAUCUAUUCGGUGUGAUCAAAAUAGGUACAAAACAAAACUUUGAGGUGGUCUGGUUGAACGUAAUCAAUGCAAAUAGGUGAGCAGAGAAGGAAAGUAAAGAAGCAUAUUUCACAAAAUGUCAAAUUAUUCCUUUAAAUGCCUGAAAAUGUGUUCCUGUAAUUCCAUUGUAUCUAAACUAUAUUUCACAUUGUGUACGGUAACUGAAUCAAUAAAUCAUCCAGUGUGUGUCAGUUCAGUAUGUUCACAAGUAUUCCUCUCCGUCAUGGCCACUAGAGCUCAUGUUGACUGCAUGAAGAGUUACAACCCCUGUCCACUGGGUGUCACACCAGUACACAUAUUGUUGUAGUCAUUCUCAAACAGAUUCAGUAUUGAUCAUUUUUGCUAUUGCUCUUCAAUUAUUUGUCCUAUUUCUCGAGGAAACAGUAAAUUUCUGUUAUUGUUUCUAGGGCAGCACUUCCAUAGGAGUGCUGGUGCAAUAUAUCACAAAUUGCCAAAUGUCAUUAAACUGUCUUUAUAUUAUAUGAACUUAAUAACUAAAGCCAUGAAAUACAUUACAUUUCCAGAUGAGAAUAAGGGCAUAUCUUCUUUCCACUAAAGCUACAUUCAGUCAUAAGUUUGGCUUCGCUGUUAUUAAGAAAUUCAAAACAUCAUUAAGAGUCAAGACUGCUGAGACUGACGCUGCCGAUUAGAACAUAGAAGGCCACUGUAUUACCACUUCAUAAACCAAUUAUAUCAAACACAUGAUCGGCUGCCUCCCCCGUUUGCACAAAAAGAUGUUUGUUUCAGUCUACACAGCAGGGUGAGCUUAGAGAUGGGUCGCGGUUGCGAUGUUAGUGUACCUCACAGAUACUUGCAGAUACAGGAAGUAAGGAAAGUAAAAACUUGUUCAAAAGAGGUUAGAUAACAGUGCACCGCAUUGCAUAGCAGGAUAUCACUGAGACUGUUUUGAUUCUUUCAUCUGUGCUCCAGGUUUUCUGCUCUUUAAGUGAUUUGACCUCAAAACUGUUUAGUUUUC